AUGCAGGAAUUAGAUGAUUUCUGCAGAGUGCUCUCUGAUCAAUGGGGUACUCUGGACAUAAGUACACUAUCACCAAGAGUACCAAUGGUGGAAGAUGUGGAAUGCAGUGAAAAACAUACUAGAGCGACAGUGCAGAUUAUUGUGGAUAACACAGAAAUAAAGGCAAGAAAGGGUGGCAUCCCCCUAGAGAUUGCCACAUUCAAGAAUCUGAAAAGUCUUGUUUUGGCUUAUAAUCUGUUAAAUGGAAGUAUUCCCGAUCUGAAAGGCCUAUCACAGCUUGAAGAGCUAGAUAUCAGUAACAAUCCUCUUGGUCCUAAGUUUCCUUCUUUAGGCAACAACCUAACCGCCUCAUCCCUCACGGUCACCUUCGCCGUCCCCGUCCCGGCACCGGCGACUCGCCGGAGGAGAAGUAGUCGUGAAGUUCACCGUCCUCGAUCUUCCAAGCUUUCGAGGCGGCUUGAGAUUUUUAAGAGAUGCAAUUCGGAGCCGGCUCUAUUGAGAGCUAGAGGAGGAGGAGGAGAACAUUUUGGUCAACGGAGUUUGGCUUCGCCGGAGGCUGAGGGAGUAUUUUACCGACCUCAGACUUGUGCUGACAUCUUCUCGGCAUCUUCGGACAAUAUAUUGUUGCCUCGGUCUCGCGAAUAUCUUUGGAGCAAGGAUGCCAAGGUGGUGGUUAAUGUGACAGUUGAGGGAAGCCCUGGACCAAUUCGAGCUAUGGUCAAAUUGGGUUCAAGCGUGGAGGAGACAAUUAAGCUUGUUAUCGACAAAUAUGGUGAAGAAGGUCGCACUCCUCGUCUUGAUAAAGAUGCGACUACAACCUUUGAGUUGCACCACUCCUACUUCAGCCUUCAGAGCUUGAAUAAACUUGAUGCAAUUGGGGAUUCUGGUAGCAGAAGCUUCUACCUUAGAAAGAAUAGCAGCGGUCGAAGUAGUAGUGCCUCAUUAACUCCAUAUGAUCUGUCCCGUAAUGCGGGCUCUCACCUGCCCGGUUCUUCCUCAAUCUGCCUUCAGAGUUUUAUUUGUAGGAAGAUUAACAAAUUCAUGAGAAGAAUGAAUAAGCUUUGGAAGCUCUUGGGCUGCAUGAACGGUAACAGAUAACUACAUACAGUUCCCCUUGUCAGAGCAACGUUGUUUUAGAUAUGUUGCUCUCUGAACCGGGGAAGGCGUGCCUUUUCAUUUUCUGUAUUUUCUCAUUCCUGCUUGGGGUGUGGCUUUGUCUACAAGAUAGAGCUGGAAGAUCAAAGUUGCGUUGUAUUGAAGAAUAGCUAAUAAUGGUUGACUCAAGUGGACUACAGGGGCUGACUUUUCAGAGCUGCUGUACCUUUUGCGGUGAGGUUGUUGGUAAACGCGCCACCCAAAGAUGUGAAUAAUAACAUGGUGUGAUAUUAGUAACUGCAACCAUAGCAAUAGCUGCUGUACAUACUGUACAAUGUCAAAGGAUGAGAUGCAAGGAACAGAGGAAGUGCGUAAGCUUAGCACAACUGAGUUCAUUUUUUCUUGUUAAAAUGUGAAUUCAAAACAGUAACUCCGAUCUGUAUAUGUUUAUUAAAUUGCUUACUUCGAUAUCCGAGGACAGUACAUAGUAAUUGUUCAUCAAGCAAAAA